UAUAAAAGACUAGAUGGGACAUUGGCAGUGUUUUAGUGCGUGCGACUGGCCGCCAUGUUUGUGAGGGCGGGAAUCUGCGGCGCUGUGUAAACACUACGGGAGGAGGGGGGUAUUUGAGACUGAUUUUGUGGUAUUUUUCGACCGAAAAGUGCUAAUCUUUUUUGCUCACGGCAUUCUUUGGAAUGUUUAGAUUGUGGAACAAGUGCUGAAAUAUGCUUAUCUAUUGUAAUUUGGCUACGUUAGCCUUAGACAUGUUGCACUGUUGACGCUGAUGAAGAAUAGGCGGCACCAAAGCUUUACAGACUAGUAUCUUUUGAAAUUGAAAUUUGCCUCUCAGUCUCUCAAGAAUCAAGAUGCCAAAUAGAUGUGCAGGAUUUGAUUGCUGACAAACCAGGGAUGAGGCUCAAGAGUCAAGAGAUCACCCUGCAUUGGCAAGUGGCUGGAACAACCCCAGUGCCGCACAGUUCUGCGGGAUAUUCCGGCACCUGCUCCACCGCUGCGGCGUCCGGCCCGGCAGCACAGGGAAAGUGGCAGCCCUCGACCCGACCAGCAUCCUGGCAGUCGGUCACACGACCAGCGGACGGGGAGCCAGCCUUACUACCUCGGCCUCCACCACCUCAGACAACGGUGCCACGGCACUCCACAUCAUCACGGAGCACGACUUCCAGCCUGGGCUGUCGUCGCCAUCUACAUCGCAGGGUUCGUGGUGAAGAAGGCGCUCGACUCUGUCAGCUGUAGCACCUGUCAGGAGACCCUGGUGAGCGACAUCCAGCCGGACGACAUGACACAGCUUUACCACCUCUUCAUCAUCUCUGCCAGAUGAGCUAAGGUGGGGACGGGUUACAUGCCUGGGAUCUGACUGAGACCCGCUCAUACCCUGCCGAAGUGUUGGUGAUUUCAGCGGUCAGCUGUCUCUAGCCGGUGUCAGUGAGUCGCGGCCAGCUGCCGCUGGAGUGGGUAUCUACCGUCGAUAGCUGCUGUGUGGCGGAUAGCGUGGAUUUGGAUGGACACUUCAUAUUAAUGAACAGAUCAAUGUCUGGCCGAUAAAAGACGUAUUUUGUCGAUGAUUGCUUAGUGACUGAGUGGGUCCACUGGCGACCAAUGCAGUGGGCGCUGGGUUAACGCCUCGCCUCUUGUGACCGUGUCGAUAUGUAGCACUGUUAAUUGCCGAUUCGUUGCCGGCCGUCUCUGCUCCGUGGCUGGCUGAUCCGGCACAAACUGGUGUUCUUGGCUGAAGGCGCGGCUACAGUUACACUAGCUCGCCACGUGGCUGUGCGACUAUCGUCGGUGCUGUCUGCAAGGGCGAUGUCGGUGCCUGUAGGGGGCGCGGAUUGAUUCAAAGUGAGGAAUGGGUCAUCGGAGCUCGGGUCAGGUCAUGUUCGGCUAAAAUAAGCGGAUUUUGCGAUUUGCCGCAUCCGGGUGAAUUUCCUUGCCUUCUAGUGCAUGUUUAUGCAUUUUACAUGCGUUUUUUAGUGUUGAUGUCUAGAUAACGUGCAUUUGCCUCGAGGUCAAGGCUGCGCUUCAUAUGGGCAGUUUUCGGAGCAUCUUGCUCAUUUUAUUCGUAAUCCUUAAUUAUGUUUGCGGAUUUGUGCCUGCAAAUCAUUUUUUAAAGUAAGAUUGACACGGGAUUCGAGAUCGGCGCCCAUAAAUACACUUCACAUGACCCGCCAUGUGUCAAGGCCAUCCGAGGUCAUCUAAGGUCGCUGACCUUGUAUGACCUUAUGUGACCCGGUUCGCUAGAUUUCGAGAUGAGGUUGAUUGGGAAUGAUGUAACCCAUUUCGCCGACAGUUCACGCGUUUUGGUCGAUUUUAUAGCGAAAGAUCUCAAACUCCAGUGACUUUACUGGUUCGAUUUCCAGUGUUUGACCUGACCUCUGAGUUCACCUGUUGACCUAGUACCCUGAAAUUUGGUAUCACUGGUUUACUCACAUCGCGGACAGCAUACCUAUUUUUUUCCGUUCUUGCUCCGUCGAGGGGCGAACGGCUGGAGUUCACUCCGUUCACCCUGGCUUCCCCUACUCGUAAGACGCUGACAAACUACGAACGGGUGAGGGCUAAAAUUGCACUUAUUGUCGAUCAUUGUCCAUUGCAUACUGUAUACAUAGAUAUAAAGUAUGGUAGCCAUAAUGGGAAACGAAUUUAAUCUUAAAUUAGCAUGCCAAUUGCAUCUACCUUCGGUGCCGCAUAUCCUUUAUCAGCGUCUUCAGGGCUAUAUGUCUAGGGCUGAUGUAAUUACAUUACAAUAAAUACACAUGUUUCUGCCCUUGUUUCACAAUCUACUCAUUCCAAAUAAUGCCAUAGGUAAAAAAGAUUAACACUUUUCGGUCGAAAAAUACCACAAAAUCUGUCCCAAACACCCCCCUCCUCCCAUAGUGUUUACACAGCGCCGCAGAUUCUCGCCCUCACCAACAUGGCGGCCGCUGCUACGUAUUCGCGAGUCGCUCCCGACAUGGGGGUGCCCUAUCUAGUCUUUAUAUCUAUGCUUGCCUCGAUUUAUGGCCUUGAUUAGGACUAUUGCUUGCAGUGAGAUGGCUGCAAUUCAUCAUCCUUGAACGCUUGCUGAGGAUGGUGUGAAAACUAAAAAUAAUUUUUCCACGUGUAAUGAAAGUGAUUCCCUCAUUUGUAGCUGUAGCUGCUGGUGAUCAUGGUGAAACGAGGCAUUGAGCACAAACCAAGCUGUCAAGAUUUGGGAGAGUCAUCAGAUUCUGCAUUCCAGGAGGAAAUCGAAACAAGUAUAAGCAUGUGCCAGCACGUGGGCAAGAGUGUCAGCCUGGCUGACAUUAAGCGGCAGCUGAAGUCGAACCGGCGGAUCGGCGCCUGCGACAAGAAGGUGCCGACCCCAUGCACGGCACCCGCGGAUGGGGAGGAGCAGUCGGUGCCGUCGGGCGCGCAGCUGCCGCACGGCGUCUGGCUGUGCAUGCAGUGCGGCCACCAGGGCUGCGCGAGGCACGCCACGCAGCACUUUAACACGCCGCGCUCCGACUCGCACACGCUGGCCGUCAACGCCGCCGCCGACUGGGGCGUCUGGUGUUUCACGUGUAACGAGAAAGUGUCACUGAAGAGCAAUAAGAAACUUCACGAAGCUGUGCAGUUUGUCAAGAAAAAGCAGGGAACUCUACGACCCGGAGCCACGCCGUCCAAGGAGGACACUCCGCCUCCCAAGUCUUCCAAGGGCGCCUCCGCUAAGGAGAAGCAGGCUCAAGCGGACCGCGAUAACGAGUCACUUCCGAAGGUCAAGGGUCUGAUCAACCUGGGUAACUCGUGUUACCUGAACUCGGUGCUGCAGUGUCUGAGCCAGUGCCACUACCUGACGCACUACCUAGACAUCAGCAGCCGCUCCGGGCGAAAGGUCACAGUCAGCGCUGACGGAGAGACGAUGGAGCUGGUGCUGCCGGAGGGCGGGCCCAUCACUGCCUCCCUGUGCGACUUUCUCAAGCAGAUGCACAUCACGGGCACCGGCUCCACCGUCUCGCCCAGUCACCUGCUCAGAAAGAUCGCCCUGAAGGUGCCCCAGUUUGUGGGCUGUGACCAGCAGGACGCACACGAACUGCUGCGAGCGCUCAUGGAGCAGGCGCGGCUUGAAGAUCUGCGGCGGCACCAGAAGCAGAUCCUGCUCGGUCUGGGGCUGCCGGCCAAGGCCGACCCCAAGGAGGUACCCGACGACAUGAAGGCGCGCGCUAAGGCGCUGGGCCGCCAGGUGUCGCAUACGACCAUCGACUCCAUCUUCAGCGGCCAGCUGGUCAGCCUGGUGGUGUGUCAGGCCUGCAUGGCCCGCACACACCGCAUGGAGCCCUUCCUCGACCUCUCGCUGCCCGUCGCAGAAGAUAAGCCGACCCGUCCCAGGAAGCUGUGCGGUGCGGGAGCAGAGGACGAGGACAGCGGAGAGUACGUCCUCACACCCAGCAAGGCCACCGGCUCCGGGCGGCCCUCCAAACACGCGCUCAAAAAGGAACGGAAGGCGGCGCGGCGAGCCAAGAAACACGGUCCGGCGGCGGCGGAGGCGGACGGUACGGGUCCAGAGCCGGCCCCGGAGCCGGAGAGACAGCCGACCAGCGACUCCGGACAGGAGCUCGACAAACAGUCGGACGUCGCCCACGCAGAAGGUGAGAGUGACGCAGACGAGGAGGAUAACGGCGACACGGGCCCGAUCAUCUUCAGCCUGCUGUCGGAGCUCGACCCGCCGCCGGCCUCGGUCAGCGGGGAAUCGACGGAAGACGAGCUGAACGAGCCGCCGGCCUCAGUCAGUCCGGACCCGCCGGCUGACGAACCGCCGGCCUCGGUCAGCCCCGACCCGCCGGCUGACGAGCCGCCGGCCUCGGUCAGCCCCGACCCGCCGGCCGACCUGGCCGCGGAGGAGCUCUCGGAGCGGCUCAGCGCGCUGAUCGUGGACCGCGCCGGCGCCGCGGCCGCUGCGGACUCGUGUGGGGACGAGCCGGGCCCGCUGACGGUGAAUGGCCGGCCGUCAUCACCGGUGGAGGCGGACGCGGCGCCGGCCGGGCGUGUGCCACUGGUCGGUGGAGACGCCCGUCGUGUGCCGGUGGAUAAGGAGGAUCCCGGAGGAGCCGGAGACGCGGCCAGGAGUCAGGCGGACGGUGGGGACGGGGAGGGCGCCGACAAGGCUCCGAACGGCGCGCCGGAAACGGCGGGAGCGGCCGAGGUGGAGAAGAAGCAGAGCUCUGUGCCGGCGGAGAACUGCGGAGAGGAGGUGGAGGCGCGUGAGAACGGUCUGUGCGGGCCGAAUGGACACUGCGGUCAGGCGGCCGAGGAGGCCCCGCGGAACGGCCCGUCACCCUGUGAGCGGACGGACGGCGGUGGUCCGACGGAGGCAGCGGCGAACGGCCAGAGCUCGACGGCAGGGGCGGCGGACGGCGGCGAACCCCAGUCUGCGCCGAACGGCGGCACCUGUGCGCCCACCGAGUCUGCCCCGGCCGAAGGGACGUGGACCGGUGAGGAGGACCCCUCACCCGCGGCCUCCGCCUCGGACGGCCCGCCGCCGCCGCUGAGCCGCUGUGAGUGGCUCAGUCGAGCGCUGACCACCCUGGCGCCGCGCUACCAGGCGGCCGCCGGCGAGUGCAGCCUGCUCACCUGCCUCAACCAGUACACGGCGCCCGAGUUGCUCACCGGCAACAACAAGUUCGGCUGCGACAACUGCACGGAGCUGCGCAACAAGCGGCUCACAGCGGCUGAAAAGGCGGCUGAGAAGAAGCUCGGCACGGUCUACAGCAACGCCAGCAAGCAGCUGCUCAUCUAUAGCCCGCCGCCGGUGCUGACCAUCCACCUGAAGCGGUUCGAGGUGUGCAGCUUCAGCCUGCGGAAGGUGAACCGGCACGUGCAGUUCGGCGAGCGGCUCGAUCUGGCCCCCUUCUGCUCCUCCAUUAGCCAGGACCUGCCUCAGAUGCGGGCCGGCCAGCGGCGGGUGCUCUACUCGCUGUUCGGCGUUGUCGAGCACAGCGGUCGACUGACCAGCGGCCACUACACGGCCUACGUACGCGUCCGCCGCCGUCACGACCAGCUCACGGUGAACCCUGCGCGACUCACCACACUCGUCACCGACGCGUUCGCCGUGGCGUGUGAGCGGGCGAGGCAGCGCGCCGAACAGACCCGACCGGAGACCACGGACGGGCCGCCCCCGGCCAGACCCGCAGAGGAAGGCCGGGGAGACGGGGAGGGUGGGGACGCCGCUGCCGUAGCACAGGAGCCGCAGACGGACCAAAAACAGCCCGGCCCGGAGCCCGAGACGGAGCCGCAGCCGCAGCCGGAGGCCGGGCGGUGGUUUUACGUGAGCGACACGCACGUCACAGAGGUGACUCUGGACAAGGUGCUCAAGGCACAGGCUUACAUACUGUUCUACGAGCGAAUUGUGUAAGCGACUGCGCUAGCUUGGGAUGGUGCUCUGUGCACGGGGCUGUGACGGCGCGCGAAUCGUGUCCCUCAGUCUGACCGAGGUGUGAUUCUGGCCCCAAUCUCCGUCGAUGGGUGGAACUCUGUCUCGAUCUGCGCUGAUGCGCGCUGCGAGCUGCUGUGUAACUAUGUCGUGAGUCAAGCGUGCGAGCGUGUGAUGUGCCACUGUGAUGCGGUUCCUGGGUUUGUCUGAUCGGGCCGGGCCUGAUCCCAGGCCGUCUGCCGAGCCGUCCUACCCGCAGCUAAUAGUUGGCUCCCGGUGUGGGACAGCCCUGUGCGCGCGGAUCCGCCUGCGGCGUUGUCCGGGGCCGUUACGGAUUUUAUGUGGGAUAAUCCGACCCAUGGCGCAAUCUUGUGACAGGGUGACAGGGUGAAUCUUGUGACUUGUGUCCCCGACAUAUGAUGGGUGCAGCUCAGUUAUAUGCCGCUGCGCAAUGUGGAACACGCGGCUCGGCUCAUGACAAUAUUAUGCUGCGUUCGAACGAACCAGUUU